AACAGCUGGUAAAAAAAAAAACGAUUUAUAUGAAUCAUACCUACCCAACAUUAUUACUAAUAGACGCAGAGAGACAGAGUCUGGGUGAAUAAUUUCGUACGCCACCGAACAAAGUACGUUCCAGAACACGACCAUCGGGCGUUUUUUCGUGUAGCUCCAACGGGUACGAGCAGAAUACGGAAGAAAAAGGAAAUAGCUUUUUGUCUCACGUUUGGCACUCCGACAAAUACCGACACAUCACACCAUGGGGCUGCUGUCCGUGCCACUGAAGAAACCCUCCGAGGUAGAUAUAGCGAAACCGCUGAAAACCCUUGUCCAAAGCAACUAUCGCAAUCUGGAGACGGAACAGCUGAACGUAAUCAAUGAAGCAAUUUCGGAGCUCAAUCAGCUGCGUAACACCGCCAUGUGGAAAGUGUUCGACAAACAGGAUUCGGGCCUGGAGCUAAACUAUCGCUACUACGACCAGCUUAGUGCGCUGGAAUCGAAAAUUCCGGUGCAGGAGCUGCAGGUGCCAUUCAAAUGGAAAGACGCAUUCGACAAAGGAUCGAUUUUCGGAGGUCGCAUUAGCCUAACGCUCACUUCGAUUGCGUACGAAAGGACUUGCGUAUUGUUUAACCUCGCAGCGCUACAGAGUGCCGUAGCAAGCAACCAACGUGUUGAUACCGACGAAGGAUUAAAGCAGGCGGCGAAACUUUUCCAACAGAGUGCAUCAAUAUUUACCUUCCUAAAGACGCUUGCCUCCGCUACGAUUCAGGGCGAACCGACGCCAGACCUCUCGCAGGACAGUCUGAACGCACUCAGCAAUCUGAUGCUGGCACAGGCACAGGAAAUGUUUGUCAUCAAAGCGAUUAAAGACAAUAUGAAAGAUCUGGUAGUGGCGAAACUGUGCGCCCAGUGCGAGGAACUCUACUCGGAGGCACUUCGCUCGAUGCAGCGUGAGAGCGUGAGACCAUUGUGGGAUAAAGAAUGGAUACCGCAGGUCGCUGGCCGUCAAGCCGCAAUGCACGCGCUGACCAUGCUUUACCACAGCAAAGUGUCGCAAGCGAACAAAGCGUUCGGAGAGGAAAUUAGCCGGCUGCAGAAAGCGGUGGAACUGUUCAAGACGGCUCAAUCUCGUUCCUCCAACCCGACACUGUUUCAGGAGUAUGCAAACCGUGCCCAGAAGAGUCUGGCCGACGCCAAGAAGGAUAACGACUUCAUCUACAACGAAAUCAUUCCGGACGUGAAUAAUCUACCCAGUCCGGGCAAGGCACAGCUGGCAAAGGUUCUCCCCAUGGCGACGCAUUUGAGCGAAGACUUUAGGGAUCUCUUUACCGCACUUGUGCCGGUAGCGGUUAAUCAGGCACUGGCCGCAUGCGAAGGUCGAAAGUCAGAAUUGGUCAACGGAGAGAUUAUGCGACUGCGAGAAGCGACUACAGCCCUAAAUGGAUUGCUUUCAAGCUUGAACUUGCCGGCAAUCGUCGAGGUGACGGCAUCGGGUGACAGUUUGCCACCAUCGCUGCAGGAGAAAGCGAGUGCGGUCCGUGAUAAGGGUGGUAUCGCACAACUGAAGGAAUUGAUUGAACGUUUGCCGGAAUUGUUUACGCGCAAUAAGGAAAUACUUGAUGAGGCCUUCCGAAUGAUGGAUGAGGAGCGCGACUCGGAUAAUCAGCUGCGUGCGCAGUUUAAGGACCGUUGGACGCGCACGCCAUCGGAUAAGCUGGCCGCAACAUUCCGUGCGAACGGUGAAAAGUAUCGCACGAUCAUUAACAAUGCGACCGCAGCGGAUAAGGUGAUCCGGGAGAAAUUCGCCACCCACAAGCACGGACUCGAGUUACUCUCGAUGGCAACCGACCAGCUGGCGAAGGAGAUUCCAUCAGCGGGAGUAGGCAGCAGCAGCCAAGCGGCCAACUCUUCCGCCGCUCUGGCACUUCGUUCGCUCAUGGAGUCGGUCGAAACAAUGAAAGCCGAACGGGAGUGCAUCGAAUCGGAGCUGAAAGCGCUUACGAUCGAUUUGAAGGACCGCUUCCUGGGAACCCUCGCUACCGAAGGUGUUAUUAACGAACCGGCCAUCUCACUGUCCGAAAUUGGUAAGCUGAUUGGUCCGCUGCAGGAGCAGGUGGGCGAAACACUCGCCCGUCAGCAAGUCAUUUCGACGGAAAUUCGCGAGGCUCAUGAACGAUUCGUGUCGGAGUCGGGCGUAUCGACCGAUCAGCGCGAUCGAACGCUGUCCGAACUGGCGGCAGCCUACGAUGUGUUCACCGAGCUGCAGGGCUAUCUGCAGGAGGGCGAAACGUUCUACAACGGGCUGACGGAGAUUCUGCUCGUCUUCCAGAGCAAGAUCAGUGAUUAUUGCUUCGCACGCAAAACCGAAAAGGAGGAACUGAUGAAGGACCUUACGCACGAAUCGAGCCGCCAGGCUUCCGUUGCGGUAACACCGAUCAUUCCGACGCAUCAUACGUCUACUACGGCGACGAGCGAAUCGGGCAGCAGCGCCGCAACGGCUCCGAGCAGCAGCGCUCCGAUGGCGGCUAGCUCGGCACCGGCGCCCUAUCCUCAGCAGAUGCAAGGCAUCCCGAUGGCAGCUACCUACGGUGGCAAUAUGGCACCGAUGUCUGGUUUUACGGGAUACGCACCACCACCGAUGCCCCAAGGUUUCAAUCCCUAUGGUACACUACCUUAUCCUUCGGCAUACACUGGUUUUCCACCUGCGUCUAUGGUACCACCACCGUACUAUGGAACGUAUCCGGGAGCGUACGGGGCACAGCAUCAGCAGCAACCGCCCCAGGGUGCUCCCGGUGCUCCGAACCCAAACAACCCGAUGGGAUGGUAGAUGACUCGUCCCUUCUCGAAGGCACCGUUCGUGCACCUUUGCUACACGCACACAAACAUACAACAAACAACAGCUACACACAUAACCGAACAGUUGGGUUGUAAAAAAUGAAGUUUAACAUGUAAUAGGUUUAAAAGUCGAUAUAUCCCGUUGUGUAUUAUUGAUCUAAUCCGUUGAACAACUCAAACCCAACACACACACAUACACGCAAACGAACAUACAAUUUAUAACGAAUCUGUGAAAGCUGAGUAAUACUUCUUGUUCUUCUAUAUGAUUGUGCUGAAUAAAUUAAUUAUAUAUUCCUAAA